GCAGAGAAGAACGUGUAGAGUAUAAAGCUGAGUUAGAGGAGGAUAACUAUUAUCUUCGAGAUGCAUUACAGACAGAGCGUUCUGAUAAUGCUUUAGAAGAAGAGAUAGCAGAGCUAAGAUCUGAAAUCUCCAGUCUAAAAAGUCAGCUAUAUCAAGCUAAGAAGGAUGUGUGA